CGUGAGAGUGAGUUUGAGGAGUGAGUUUGAGGAGUGAGAGUAUGGUGCAGCAGACAGUUCACAGCGAACCGGAGAGCGGCGGUGCGUCCCGCGAGGCCACCGACACCGAGGAAGCCGCUGAGAUGAGCGCGUGCAGUCCGGUGCCGCCCAAACCGGACUGGUGCCGGACAGCCAGCGGCCAUAUCAAGCGGCCCAUGAACGCGUUCAUGGUGUGGUCCAAGAUCGAGCGCAGGAAGAUCAUGGAGCAGAGCCCGGACAUGCACAACGCUGAGAUCUCCAAGCGCCUGGGCAAGCGCUGGAAAAUGCUCAAGGACAGCGAGAAGAUCCCGUUCAUCCGCGAAGCCGAGCGUCUGCGCCUGCAGCACAUGGCAGACUACCCCGACUACAAAUACAGACCCAAGAAGAAACCCAAGCUGGAGAAUUCUUCCAAAUCUGGAGCCAUGUCUCCGGAGAAACCCAGCAGCAAGACUGUCAGCAAGAGUGUCGCAAAGAAAUGCGCAAUGAAGAUGAAACCGUGCAAGCAGGUCGGCGUGAACGCGCGGUCUCAGUGCAGUUACGCCUUCAACAACUACAAAUCCAGCAAAUCGAUCAAACGAGAGCUGACCGACGACGAAGACGACGAGGAUGACUCUCUUGACGAGGAUGAUGAGGACGAUUACGACGAAUCUCCCAUGAGAAUCGAAGAUGAAGACCAGCUGCGGCUGUACGGUGUCGCCAAAGUGCCCGCAAGUCCCACGUUAAUAAGUUCAGUGGUGGAGUCGGAAGGCGCCAGCAUGUACGAGGACGCGUCCGGACGCUCCAGGAUGUUUUACAGCUUUAAGAACAUUACAAAGCAGCAGCCACUCAGUCACUCAGCCCGGUCAUCACCCGCACCUUCGUUCCGAUCUGCGUCCACGUCUUCAUCCGAGGACGCGGACGAUCUCCUGGUGGACUUCAGCUUGAACUUAGCGGCCGGGACGCGCGUCUCCGAGCCGGCCAGUCUAGCAUCAGGGAAUCUCUGCCUCUCACUGGUGGAUAAGGACCUGGACUCGUUUAGCGAAGGCAGCCUCGGGUCGCAUUUCGAGUUCCCGGAUUACUGCACACCCGAACUGAGCGAGAUGAUCGCCGGGGACUGGCUGGAGGCCAACUUUUCUGAUCUGGUGUUCACCUAUUGAUAACGUCUUGAUGCGCGUAUUCAGGUUUCGCCGCUCAGGCUUUGCGCGCCUUGGGAAUGGGACGCGCGGGAGGCGAGGCGAGGCGAGACCAGGCAUGGCAUGGCUGGUAUGACUCUGGGUGGAAAAGUGGCACAGCAGUCAGUCACUUACCUCAGUAAGGUUUUCUGAGCCUUUUCCCCUCUGACAGGCCGCAGCGCAACUGCAAAAGGUGGAAAACGUCCAACCAGAACUAUGUGCACCAUCCAUCCCACCUGGUGUCUCUGGUUUGCUCUACAUGUUCUGGGAGCUGCACUGAAUGGAGCAGGGCACGUCUCGAGGUUAUUCACUUUUCCAAGGGUUUUAUGUGAUCUUUUUUCCAUGGGGAGAUUAUAAGACACAGGUAUGGCAGGAAACGUUUCUGAUAGACCUAUAUAACCAACAUACCUCAUGUUUUAAACAAAACAAAAAGUGAUAUUUUCUGGCAUAUUUUUGUACAGCUAAAGUAAAGGAAAUGUUCUUACUGUGCUCUCAGUGAGGUUUCUUCAGGCACUUCUACCCGGUUUCAUUGACUCGAGCAUGCAAGGGUUAAAUGACAUCAUCUUUGCAUUAAUGCCUUGGUAUGAUUUCACUUCUAGGCUGUGUACAAAAUGAUCUGACAUCCUGAGAUGUCCAAUGGAAUUUGGGGAAAUUCUAGACCUCAUUGCUGGUACUAGAUUCACGAUUGUAUAUGUUCUGUAAUAUAGUAAAAGCUAGGAGUUUAUGUAUAUCAGUGUGAAUGGGUCCCAAAUAGCAGGUGUGCAACUCAAAUUUUGGUUUGCAUUUUACCAUCUUAAUUGCGUAAUUUUUUUUCUUUAUUCAUUAUUUUGUGCAAUAUGUUCUGGACCAUCUGCGUUUUGUAGCAAAUGAAAUGUCAUGCUGAAGUCUGUAACUUGACAAAUAAAUCAGCUGGAACUGA